AUGGAGAAUUUGAAUCUCAAUGUCAUGCGGGCGAAGGAAACAUGGCAGGAGGACUUGCAAACAGAAAGAGAGUACCUCGCCACCAAGGAGGAAUUUUCCAAGACAAAAUUUGUUUAUCUUGAGCUAGCUACCAAGAGCGAGUUUGUGAAGGAAAUACUAGCAGGCACAGAAGUCGAUGCGGAUACAAUCGACAAAGCGGAAGAAAACUUGGCAGAGUCAAAGUCAAGCUGCAAGAAGAUCAAAAACAAAUGCAAAGCGAUGAAAGAUGAAAUUAAUCAAAUACUAGUCCAGACUCUGCAAAAGCAAAGUGAGCUUGAAGCCAACGCAGCUGAGCUCGAGGCUUUGAAGAACGGGCAGAGAGAUGAGGAGAACCAGAGCUUGGAAGAGAAGGAGAAGUUGGAAGCGAAGAUUACAGAAAAGCAGAGCGUGUUGGCCCAACAGGAGGACGACAUGCGGGAGUUGGGGCAGAAGAAGCAAGAGCUCGAGAUCAGAGUCCGAAACCUCGAGCAAGAAGCGGAAUCUCUCGCUGCGGACGUGAAGCAUUCUCCCGUCGACAUCCACAACAGCCGAAUCGCGUCGUGGUACAACAGUGCGAACUCGCUGCUCAACUCGUUGAGCGGAGUCAAACAAGUUUCCAUGCAAGAAAACGCCAUCCUCAUCGAGUUCGAGGUCCAGGCUUUCCAUCGAAGCGACAAGAAGCUGUACUCCAUGACUGUUGUUCUCAACCCUUCUGCGACUCUCGCCUACGAGCUUCGCCUUGAACCGCCUGACAUCGAUGCGUCUGACCUAGAGAAUGCCUACUUGAUCGAGUUCCCUCCCUCUUUUCCAACCCGGCAUCGCUACUUCUUCGACUCAUCUUUGUCCCUCCAGUGCCCCGACGGCAAUCUUGCCAAGUUGUUUCAGGAAGUGAAGAAUCGGCUAGCUUGCCGACUCGCUCUGGAGAGCGAACUAGACACUCUCCGAAACAAGUUCUCGAUUGAGAUCGCAGAGGAAGGAAGCCUCCUCGUCGUCUGCGUUUCUCCUCUCGCCUCUCGGAACCUCGCCAGGUCUCCGGCGAAGGCUCUCCCCAAGUGGCAGUGUGAGAUAAGCAUCGAGGCUGACUAUCCUCGGCCGCACAUCCUCCCCGAGCUCGUUCAGGUGCGGUCGGGCGCCUUCGCUUCUCCCGGCAUGAAGCGUGAGCGCGCCAUCAUGGAGGUGGUCAACCGGACGGGCCACAGAACCGUCGCUGCCAUGGUCGCCGACGCCUCUGCUAGGUUGGGGCUCUGA